GAGGUAGGGACAACUGCACUUGUCUGUCAUCCAAGCCCAGAGAGGUUGGGAAUCUGCCGGCGCGCCAACGCGUCGGCAAAUGUCAUGAAGGCUGAAUUCGCGACGGCUUUUGCAGAUGGCGCGAAGAGAGCCCCAGUCUCGCGCCCGCCCUCCAGUCCUGCGUCCGCGGGGCCUCCUGCCCCCAGCGUCGACCACGAGCGCUUCGACGAAUUACCUUGCGAGAGCGCAGACUUGGACGACGGCGAAAUGAGAGCCCGCAGCGCUGCUGGAGAAACGAGAGAGAGAGAGAGAGAGAGAUUUGUAUAGGGCGAAAGAAUGGGAGACAGAAGUGGCGGAGCGCGCGCGGAGCCGUGGGCCCUGAGCCCUUGAGCCCUCGAGCCAACAUGAAAAAUGAGGAGCGCGCGCCGCGUCGCUUCCAACAAAAAUAUCCCCUCAGCUGCUUUAACUUCGUCUUCGGGUCCUUCCCGCUUGCUCUGAUCGUGGGCAGCGUGGUUGCACGCGCGGGGCACUCCUGCCGAGGUCACCGAAAAUUGAUCCUCCAAGCCGGUCGUGCACCCAGAC